AUAAGAGCACAACCCAAAGCCUUGACAUUUUAGUGAAAACCAUGAGAAAGUUAGGAGGAAUGGCAACUCUUAUGGCCACUCUAGUAGUGGUUUUUGUCUCCCUUACCAUGCCUUCACUAAUCUUAGGCGAUUACAAGUACGCCUCUCCACCGCCACCUCCUUACCAAUACACCUCCCCUCCACCACCGGCCCACCAUGAGAAGCCUAAGGAACACUACCCUCCACUCCAUGAUAAGCCUAAAAAACCUUUCCCACCUCAUCAUCAUCAUGAGAAGCCUAAGGAGCACUAUCCUUGGCCAACACCUUCUCCGGUCUACAAGUCACCCCCUCACUACUAUUCACCGCCAUCUCCGGUGUACAAAUCCCCACCUACAUACUAUCUUCCUCCAACACCGGUAUACAAGUCACCACCUACAUACUAUCCCCCUCCAACACCGGUAUACAAGUCACCACCUGCAUCACCCGUGUACAAGUCUCCUCCUACAUACUAUCCUCCUUCAACCCCGGUCUACAAGUCACCUCCACCACCACCAACCCCAACAUACAAGCCUCCUCCAAAGUACUACCCACCUCCAACCCCGGUGUACAAGUCUCCUCCAAAGUACUAUCCACCACCACAAACUCCUAUCUACAAGUCUCCUCCGGUUUACAAGUCUCCCCCGGUUCACAAGUAUCCUCCACCAACUCCGGUGUACAAGACCCCUCCACACUAUUACUAUCCACCUCACCCUACACACAAAUAUCCACCCCCAACUCCAGUUUAUAAGUCUCCUCCACACUACUAUUCACCACCAGUCUACAAGCAGCCACCUCAUCGCCACCACCCAUUUUACAAGUCUCCGCCGAAGCAACACCCUCUCCCAUACCCUUACCCUCAGCCUCAUCCUAAGCCCGUCUACCAUUCUCCUUCCCCUCCCUAUGCCUACACUUCUCCCCCACCUCCUUAUCACUAUUAGCUUGAGUUGAUUAUUGGUUUUAAUUAUUGACUAGCUAGGUAAUUAAUUAAGUGGCAGUUAGCUUGUGGAAGUGGAGCAAGUUCUAGUUAAGGAAGAAAAGCAUGCUAGCUCCGUAGUCGUAUUGUAACAAUAAAUCAUUCAUUAUGGGAGUGACUUAUUUUCUUGUUUUCCUAGCUAGGGACUAGGGUUGUAUUCUGUUUCCAGCUUAUGCAACUCAGAUCAAAUGUCAAUUAAUAUAUGUUUGCCAAAUAUUGUUCCUAAUAGAA